CCGCGGUCGACAGCGUGAUAGUCUCUCGACAGUAGUAGGCCUUUGGCAAGUGUACACGUUCAGCGGACGCACACCUCAAUGGUACUCAGGAAUGAUCUCGAGGGACGCAGAGAAAGAACGUUUAAUCAAAGCAAACGAUUCGGCGUAUAAUGCUCAGUUCAAAUACGCAACAAAUUACAUAAAGACGUCCAAAUACACUCUACUAACGUUCUUGCCACUGAACCUGUUCGAACAGUUUCAGCGGCUUGCCAAUUUUUAUUUCUUGUGCCUGAUGAUGCUGCAAAUGAUUUCAAUCAUAUCGUCGCUGACACCAGUCACAACGUCCAUCCCUCUGGUCGGCGUGCUCACCAUUACAGCCAUCAAAGACGCCUAUGAUGAUUACCAAAGACACGUCAAUGACGAUCAAGUAAACAACAGAGUAUCGAAAACUGUAAAAAACGGUCGGGUGGUGGACGUGAAAUGGAAAGACGUGCAUGUCGGGGAUGUGAUACUGAUGGAAGACGGUCAAUUCGUUGCUGCCGACGUUCUGCUGCUGUCAACCAGUGAGCCCAGCGGACUUUGUUUCAUUGAAACGGCCGAGUUGGACGGAGAGACCAAUCUUAAAUGUCGUCAGUGUUUGUCUGAGGUGGCCGAACUGGCACACGACGUGGUGACUUUUGACGGUCUCAUUCGGUGCGAGACGCCCAACAAUUUGCUCAAUAAGUUUCACGGCGUGCUGCAGUGGAACAACAAAGAAUUGAUCUUAAACAACGAUCAUGUCAUACUGAGAGGUUGCGUCCUCAAGAACACCGAGUGGUGUUACGGCAUGGUGAUUUUCGCUGGCCGAGACACUAAACUCAUGCAAAAUUCGGGAAAAUCCCAAUUCAAACGUACCAAUAUCGACAGGCUGCUCAAUAUUAUUAUAAUUGGGAUUGUACUGUUUCUUUUCAUACUGUGUUUAACUUGCAUGAUCGGUUCGGUCCAAUGGGAGUACAAAACGGGAUGGUAUUUCCAGAUGUACCUGCCGUGGGAUUCAUUGGUGCCGUCUGAAAGGCUGAUGGGUUCCAUUACUGUUGGCAUACUGGUGUUUUUCUCGUACGCCAUUGUCCUUAACACGUUAGUGCCAAUAUCCCUAUACGUGAGUGUUGAGGUGGUACGUUUUGUGCAAAGUUUCUUCAUUAACUGGGACGAAAAGAUGUACGAUAAACAGACGGGUAUUGCGGCCAAAGCUAGGACGACGUCGUUAAAUGAAGAACUCGGACAGAUACAGUAUAUAUUUUCCGACAAGACCGGUACAAUGACCAAGAACAUAAUGACUUUCAACAAGUGUUCGAUUAACGGCACCGUUUACGGUAAUCAAGACGAGACCCGGUACGGCAAGUCCCUGGACAUGAUCAAGGUCGGCCCGCCCCCGGUGGACUUCUCAUGGAAUCCUUACUACGAACAUGAUUUCCUGUGGUAUGACCAAACACUGGUGGAAGCUGCAAGACAGAAGCCAACUGACGAAGGAACCGAAAAUGUUGUUCUAACGUUUUUCGAACUCCUCGCCUUGUGUCAUACGAUCAUGCCAAAUUGGAAAAACGGUGUUCUAAAGUAUCAGGCUCAAUCUCCAGACGAAUCGGCUCUAGUGUCGGCGGCCAGAAACUUUGGCGUAGUUUUCAUGGAACGAACCCCGAACAGCGUUACGGUCGAAGUAAUGGGCGAGGUCAAAGUACACGAACUUUUGUGUAUUCUCGACUUCAACAACAUUAGACGCCGAAUGUCCGUGGUGUUUAGGGAGAACGGGAAAAUACGACUUUACUGCAAGGGCGCCGACAGCGUCAUAUACGAGCGGCUAGAACGGGGUGACGAUGACUUGAAAGCGUUGACGUUGCAGCAUCUAAAUGAAUUUGCAGGAGACGGUCUACGGACGUUGUGCUGUGCGGUCAGGGACAUUGACGACGAGUUUUUUGAAGCUUGGAAACACAAGUAUAUGGAAGCUGCUUCUUCGAGGUUGGACCGAGAGGAAAAACUCAACAAUGUCUACAACGAAAUCGAAACCGACCUCAGACUCGUCGGCGUAACCGCUAUCGAGGAUAAAUUACAGGACGCGGUACCAAAGACCAUAUCGAAUCUGCUCUUAGCAGGAAUUUACAUAUGGAUGCUCACAGGUGACAAACAAGAAACUGCCAUAAAUAUAGCUUACUCUUGUAGUCUUUUGAACGAUGAAAUGGAAAUUUUAACAAUAGACGGUAACACUCAGGAUCAAGUCGAAAAUCAACUCAAUCAGUGUAAAAAAUCCAUGAUUACCGAUAACGACUGCCAACGUUCAGGAAGAAACAGCAGGGCUACAAGUGUCGUGAGGUUCAGCGAGCCAGGAGACGGCCAACAAUCGGAGCAAGAAGAACAGCGUGUAUAUGCUUUAAUCGUCAAUGGACAUUCGUUAGUACAUGCAUUGCAUACCGAACUUGAAAAAAAGUUUGUUGACUUGUGCACCAAUUGUAAAGCAGUGAUUUGUUGUCGGGUGACUCCUCUGCAAAAGGCCAUGGUGGUACAACUCAUAAGGAAAUACAAAAAAGCCAUUACCCUGGCCAUAGGCGACGGCGCCAACGACGUGUCCAUGAUUAGAGAAGCUAACAUAGGUGUUGGAAUAACCGGCCAAGAAGGCAAUCAAGCAACGCUGGCCUCGGACUACUCUUUGUCACAGUUCCGGUUCUUAGAGAGAUUGCUGUUAGUCCACGGUAGAUGGUCGUAUUACAGGAUGUGCAAAUUCUUCAGAUUUUUCUUUUACAAGAACGUUGCGUUCACGCUGUGUCAUAUAUGGUUUGGAUUUUUCUGUGGUUUUAGUGCCCAGACUAUUUUCGAUCCGUUUUACAUAUCAGUUUACAACAUGUUCUACACUGCACUACCCGUACUAGCCAUCGGUAUACUCGAUCAAGACGUUAGCGAACACAAGUCAAUCACUUACCCAAAACUUUACACACCGGGUCUUAAAAACAUGUUUUUCAACACCAGGGAAUUUUUCAAAUGUGCGGCUUUGGGCACAUACGCUUCUCUAGUUAUAUUCUUUGUGCCUUAUGGUACAUAUUUCUACGGCAUGACGUCUUCAGGGUUGAACGUGUUAGACCAUAUGUAUAUGGCUGAAGUAGUAGCGAUGAUUCUUGUUACGGUUAUGACAAUUCAGGUGGCUUUCGAUACAUCUUAUUGGACGGUCAUCAAUCACGUUGUGAUAUGGGGCUCAUUGGCGCUGUUCUUCAUAGCUGAAUACAUGUAUAACUAUAUUUUUAAUGGAUACUACGUAGGAUCUCUGACUAUGGCUAUGAAACAGCCAACGUUUUGGCUGGUCACGCUUUUGGUCGCUGUGGUCAUAGUGGGCCCAGUGGUAGCUUGGAGGGUGUACUUAUUGGAAACCAGCCCGACUCUCGUUGAUAAAUUUCGCUUGAAACAAAUUAAACGAUUGAGACAAGUAUCUGAAGACAUGACGCGACCGACGUCAAUCAGGCAUAAGCGGCGUUCAAUCAGAUCUGGGUAUGCUUUCGCUCAUCAAGAAGGAUUUGGCCGGCUUAUAACUAGUGGGAAAAUAAUGAGAACGCCGAGAAACAGCGAUGGAUUUAUUGAUAGAAAACAUUCAAAUAUAUCAGACAUUACCAUAUAAUGACGAAUUUAUGUAUAAGCUGUACACUUUGUUUACGUUGUAUACUAUGUUGUAUUUGUAAUUUGUUAUACCUAGUUAAUUUAUUUAUAACUUGUGUUUUGCUAUUGAAUUCAA